GUAGAUACUCAACCUUUGCAAAAUGCUAAGAGCCAUGAAAUUGUGACACGGUCGGCAAAUGCUUAGUUAAGUUUUGGAGGCCUCCGUUGGGGCCUUAGGCGGGCCCAACGAUCAAAUGGUUGCUGAAAUGAGUGGAGUUAGUGGCAAAGGAGGAAUGGACCGAGGGCGAAUAGCCGCGCUCUUGGAGACAGUCAAUAGUCUGGAGCCCCUUGGCGCUACAAAAGCAUUAACAGAGCUAAAUGAAGCCUGCUAUCCAGCGGGCCCGGCUCAAAGCUUGGCAGUGCUCCGCGGAGGCCUGGUGCCCAGCUUGCUCCAGCUUCUGGACCCGCACCACCAGGACCAGAGUUUGCGUGUAAAUGCUCUACGUAUGAUUGCAAGGAUGUGCAAGGAUAAACAAUGCCAAGAUUCGUUCCAUAGCUACGGCGCUGUGCGGAAGCUCAUCCGCAAUGUGGAGGUGCCCACGCAGCAGCAGCACGGAGUGGGAGGGGCGGACCUAGCAGCGGCGGUGCGCGCGCUGGGCUGCCUGGUCGGCGGCACCAACCCCGGGCCAGCGCAGCAGGCAGCAGCGGAGGACCUGUUCCUGAGCGGCACUGUGAACCGGCUGCGUAACGAGCUGCUGGCGCGGAAGCAGUUUGACGACGUGGUGGCCGCCAUCGGCGAGUUCCUGGCCAGCAUGGCCGCCUCGCCUCUGCUGCACGCCCGCCUGCGUGACGCCGGCUUCCUGCCGCUGCUGCCAGCCUGGCUGGACCCCUCCCGGCCCGGCGCCUCGCCGCGCACACAGGGCGCGCCGUCGCAAUCGCAGCCGGGGGCAGGCAGCCGCAGCGCCAGCGCAGGCGCGGGCGUGGUGGCGGUGGUGGAGCCCUCGGGGGCCGGCGGCGGCGGCGACGCCAGCCCUUGCUCCUCCGCGGUCGCCUCAUUCCUGGACGUCGUGCUGCACCUGUCCAUGAGUGAGGCGAUUGCGCCCUGCCUGCGCACCGACGCGCACUUCGACGCGCUGUGCCGCCUGGCGGCGGGCGGCGGCGGAGCCGCCGCCGCCGCCGCCGCCGCCGCCCUGCAGCGCUGCUCGCUGCUGGCGCUGUGCAAUGUGUUUGGCUCCGACGCGGACCGUGGCGAAGCCCUGGAAGAAGUGUUUCGCGGCGCAGCGCUGCCGGCGCUACUGGCGUCGCUGCUGGCGGGCUGCCUGGGGCCGGGAGAGUUGGGCGCCGCGGCGCGCCACGCGGCCUCCAUGUCCAUCGCCGCGCCGCGCCGUAGCGGCAGCGGCCUGAAUGGCUCGCGCGGGCUGGGACACGCAACCACCAUGCCGCGUGGCGGCGGCGUGUCCGGCGACGAGGGCGGUGGUGGUGGCGGCGGCGGCGGCGGCGGUGGCUUGGCCAGCCUGUCCGCUCCCGGACUUGGGGCGGCGGCGGCAGCUGCCAUCGCCACUGGCGCGGACGGCUCCGGCGGCGCCGCCGUGCCUGUGGAGUGGGUGCUGCACGCGGUCAGGUGCGCGGCCGCCAACCCGCGUGUGGCCAAGGCGUUGUGCGCCACCGGCUCCGCCUCCUUCGCGCUGCCGCGCCUGCUCGACGUCGUGGUGGCCUCGCACACCGCCUGCACGCACGCGGGCACGCUGUCUCGCGGCGCCUGGGUGGCGCGCGCCGCGCCCGCCGCCGGCGCGCUGCUGCGGCUGGCGUCCACCGGCUCGGGGGAGCUGGUGCCGGCGCUGCGCAGCGCGGGCGCGGUGCCGGCGCUCAAGCUCCUUGCCACAACGGAGGGCGAGGCCGGCGGCGGCACGCCAGACCCCCGGGUCGCGGAGCCCGCCAAGGCCACGCUGCUGUACAUGAGUCUGGCGGGCGCGGCGGGCGGCGGCGGCGGCGGCGGCCAUGCCAUGACGCUGAGCCUGGCGGGGCGGCUGGCGGUGGGCGCGUUCCAGGCCCUGCACGGCUCGCGGCACGGCGGCGCGGCGGCGGUGGCGGCGGAGCCGUCUCUGGACGGGCGGUUCCAGGUGUUUGUGAGCCACGCGCACGGCGACGCGGCGGGGCACCCGUUCGCGCUGUACACGCUGUACCCGCUGCUGGUGCUGCAGGGGCUGCCGGCGUUCGUGGACCCGGUCGGCAGGGCUCUGAGCGGCGACUGGGCUCACAUGAUCGUGUCGUGCCGCAACCUGGUGCUGGUGCUGAGCGACGGGCUGCUGGCCUCCGCCGACCACGUCAGGGAGGCGGAGGCGGCGCUGGCGGCGGGCGUUAACCUGCUGCCGGUGCUGCCGGAGGGCUGCCGCUGGCCGGACGCGCAGGGCAACAGGGUGUAUCCCUCGCCGCCGCCCGCGGUGCUGGACGCCCUGCCGGAGCGGCUGCGGCAGCUGCUCACCGAGUCCAAGUCGCCCUCGCCGGUGCUGCCCUACACAGCCGCCCGACACGCCGACUUCACAGCGCACCUCAUGGCGCGGAUGCGACUGCCGCCGCCGCGGCCCACCACGCCGCAGACCGUGGUGCCAGCCUCCGCCGCGCCACAGGCGCCAGCCGCGGCGACAGCCGCCGCGGGAGGCGCCAGCCACGGCGGGCCGGAGGCGUCACACGGGGACGGGCUGCCCACUAUCUUGUUGGGAGGGAACGGGAAUGGGAAUGGGGAGCGGGCGCCGGGGGAGCGCAGCGGCGUGGGGUUUGCGCUCACGCCGGAGGAGCUGGGCCCGGGGACGGGCGCACUGGCGGCGGAGUCCUCGGCGGCGGACGGCGCGGCGUCGGCGGGCUGGGCGGGGCGGCCGAGCGAGGACGCGGCCCACCGGCCCUCCUACACCUCCGACAUGGACGGCCCCUCCUCCGUGCUGCCCUGGCCCUGGAGCCGCCUGCUGGACCCCAGCGGCGUGGACGAGCCCGGCGGCGGCCCCGGCGGCGGCCCGCAGCGCUACCCGCGCCAGUCACUGGGCUUCUCGACCUCCACCGUCAACACGGCCGGCGGCGGCCUUUUUGACAGCAUGGCUGGGCCGGGCGGCAGCGUCAGCGCCAGCGGCGCGCGGCAGUCGAGCAGCAACCUGGUGCUUGGGCCGCCGGCGGGGCCGGCGUCGCAUGCCAGUCGGCGGCACACGGCGCGCAUGCGGUCCAGCCUCAACAGGCACGCGGCGCUGCAGCACCAGGCGGCGGCGCAGCAGAUGAUCGUGCAGCAGCAGUGGCUGCAGGAGUACCACCAGCAGGCGGCCUGGGCGCAGGCAGCCUACGCACACGCGCACCCCGUGCAUGCCUGGGGCUUCGGGGCCGGCGGCGGCGGCGGCGGCGGCGGCGGCAGCGGCGCCACCGCCGGUGCACUGAGCGGCAACGUGUCUACGGCCGGCGGGCCGUUGCGCGCGCCGCGCCACUCACUGGCGAGCGGGAUGGGGGUGCCGGAGGACGGCGUGUUUGGAGGCGGGCCGGAGCACGGCGGCGGCGGCGGCGGCGGCGGCGGUGGCCUGGCCAGCCUCCUGCCGGCAGCGCUGAGCAGCGCGGGCACGGCGCCCUUGGGUGUGAGUGUGAUGAGCUACGGCGGCGGCGGCGGUGGCGGCGGCGGCGGCGGCCGGCCGUCGACGGCGGGCGCCGGUGGGCCCAGCUUCAGCAUGGGUAUGGCGCCGGGGCCGAGCGCGGCGCCCAGCGUGGCGGGCGGGCUGCCGUCGGGGCUGGAGGUGGUGGCGGCGACGAACCCCAUGAUGCUGAAUCAGCUGUUGGCGCUGCAGAUGGAGAUGGUGCGCUACGAGCUGCGGCAGGCGGUGCAGGCGUCGCACGAGACCAUCUGCCACAAGAUCGACCGGCUUCGCUCCGACUUCACGGAGCAGGUGGUGCAGCUGCGCUUCGAGCUGGGCGGGAAGAUCGAGACGCUGCAGGAGGCGGUCACCAAGGCCACCAAGGCCGCGAACGCCGCCGCCUCCGCCGCCUCGGCGCUAAACAGCGAGGCGGUGGCGCCGCCCCUGGCGGGACCGGCCAACGGCGGCGGCGGCGGCAUCGGUCACAUGGGUAUGGGCGGCGGCGGCGGCGCCGGGGCUGACGGCAGCGCGAUGGCGAGCGGGCAGUCGGUGGCGGGCGCCCCCGGCGCCGCAUCGGCGCAGCAGCAGGCGCUGGCAGCGGCGCUGACGGCAAGCCUGCAGGACGCUGUCAACAAGGCCGUCGCGCAGCUGCAAGCCACCGUGCUCGCAACAGGCGGCGGCGGCGGCGCAAACCUGGCCCCACGGGCCGGCGGCCACAAGAGCUCCGCCGCCGCAAUGCUGGCGGUGGCCGCCCAGCAGCAGCAAGCCGAGGCGGUGGCCGCCGCGGCCGCAGCACACGGCGCCCACACGCACCAGCACCAGCAGCACGGUGGCCGGGCCGCCGCAACUACAGGGCAGCUGCCGCAUCUGCUGCAGGGGGCAGACCUGUCGCCGGUGGUGCGGGCCGGCGCCGCGGCGUGGUCCGCCGACGGAAGCGGCGGCUCCGGCACCAGCGGCGGCGGCAUUGCCGUCUCCGCCGCGGCAUCGCACGCUGUAAAGUCGCGCGCGGGGCAGCAGACCGGCACUGUGGCCUCGCCGCCGGCGCAGCAGCAGCAGCAGCAGCAGCAGGCCGGGAUGCUGCAGCCGCAGCCGCCGCAAGGCGGGGCUGGCGGCGGCCGCGUGACGUCGGGGCGCGGCGGGGCAAACCAGGCGUAUGGGGGUGUCGGGCGGCCUAACGCGCUUGCCAUGUUUGACGCGGUGGUUGCGGAGGAUGACGCGGAGGGCGCGGUGACGCCUAGCGCCUUGAUUGCUGCAGCCAACAGCCCAACCACCGCACAGGCCGCGAUCCUGAUGGCGCAGGCACGCGGCCGGCAAGCGGCGCAGCAGCAGCAGCAGCAGCAGCAGCAGCAGCAGGCGGUGGGGUCAGGUGUGAGAGGCGCGGGAGGCAGCGGGCGGUCGCCCGGGGCCAACACGCUGCCGCCGCUGGUGGAACGGACGGAGGCGCAGCCGGUGCGAAAGGCACAGCAGCAGGCGCUGCUGCAGCAGCAGCAGCAGCAGCACGGAGGCGCACAUCAUGGCUGACGCUGAGAAUACUGUAGGCACCGGCGGCGGAGGCUGUGCAUGUUGUUGGUGGUGACAAGGGUCGCGUGAUCAGAGGAGAGGCGGCAGCGAGCCGCGGCGGCAAGUGAGCGGGGCCUGAAAACGCUUGAGGUUGUGACACAGGAGGUGGGGGGCCUCUAUCCCCGGUAUCCACCGGUGUAUGCUUUUGCAAACGUUUGUACAUACAACUUACACGUGCGUCGGUUCAUCACUGUGUUUUCAAUCGGUAGAAGGUGGCGUGUUUGAGGGUUUGGGUAGCGUUUGGGGUUUGUGCGAGACUGAGCUUGCCUGUUUCAAUGCGGCAGAGAAUGGUAUUGUUGUUCUGGGCAUGAGCAACAGCAUUGGCGCCAGUUGGCGCUAUACUGUCUUGAGGUUGUCUACGCGGCCGCAGGAGAUCCUGACAACGCAUGCUCACAUCGUGAAGUGACGUCCCGGGUUGCCGAGGUCUCGCGUGGCUGUGUACGUGCAUCACGCUGAGCCAGGCAAACGCUGCUGUGCCUGUGUCGUGGACACUUCUAUAUCAAGCAGAGGCGGAUGGGAGUGGUGAUGUGAAGGCUCGGGCAGGAUUGGGCGGGGAAUGUUGACUUGACUCGCCGCACAGUACGAUACGCCUCGUGACGUACGGCACGAGGGAGAGCAGCAGGCAUUGCAUGGGCGACAGGUCAGGCCCCGUCCUUGUUGGCGGCGGCGGUCCGUCGCGCAUGUGGAGGGGACACGACAGCUGAAUGCAAUGCACCGGCCGCGCCGGGCUUUCCCUGGCACGCGCAGAAACCAACUUUGUCCGGACACACGCUCAGUCGCUUCUCAAGGAGAGUCAAAAGCCUGGUACUGUCAGGCUCUACUUGUGAACCGCCACAUCGGCCCUGGUGUUCUGAGUGAACAGCCCAACCUCGCCAGCGGACUGUCACUGUCCAGGCCCACGUGCUGUCAGGCAGCGUUGAGUGUGGUUAGUGAUAGAAAUGCUUUCGGUUUAGGCUGUGCGGCGCGUGGCGCCACGUGCGUGUGGUGGCCUCCUCGUGUGUACUUUGCAGGUGGCCCUUUUGUUGGGCUGAGCCCCCCAAGCCAAGCGAUCCGGGG